UGAAGAAGGCGCCAGGAUCCAAGCCAUGAUUGAAGUGGCGUGUAAGGUGGCUCGUGACUUCCAGUGGGAACCGCCGGAAGAGCUAGGCGUUAGUGUGACUCUCUUCGCCCUGGAUGCCCAACGCUACAACGUGGGCGCUUCCGACCUUCCCGUGUGGGGGGAGUACAUCGUGUCCGAUUCUCUCGAGGAGGCCUAUGCUUCGAUUAAACCCGAUGACGACGCCGAAAACCUCCAGUACGUGCGACUACUUCACGUCGCUGACACCCAACUGCUAAGGCGGAUGUGCAAGGAGGCCGAAGAGAGCGUCGUGUCCGAGGACGCUGGCCUUUAUCUUAGGGUUGCCAAAUCUUGCCCGGCGUUCUACGCCUUGUGGGAUGAAUCCGAAGAUAACGCUGGAACCCACGAGGUUCGGAACAGGUGUGCACGAACUGACUCGACGAGCAACCUGGUUGCAAAGUUCAGGGGAACCGGUUCUACGGAGUUCCCUGUGUUCCUGAAAGUGUGCCAGGAAAUUGCUGCCAAGAACCGGGGUCGAGGGGUACACGUCCAACCAGGCUUGUCUGUCGUUCGCCCUGGAUGGUACAAAUCGCCGGAAACGGAAUCAUCCAGCAACGACGAGGGCGGGAGUCCCUAGAGCUUGUUGUUUUUCAUUUAGAGGUAGUGCAGAGAAGUCGACUACCGUUUCUUGUUCUUGCAUUUGUGUUUUCGGCUACAUGGGUAAUGGCAAGAGAGGAAUGGUCCUCUUUAAGGAGCAACAAUUGCUCUCUGGGUCGUUGGUGUGGAGGCUGCUCCGGUACAAAAGGAAAUGGGAGGGGGGAGGGGAUUGGGAGGGUGUACUCUUUUUGGGGGGGGGGGUUGAGGUACCGGGAAGAGCAUGAGUGAGUCUACUGAGGAACUCCCGAGUGCACCCUUAUUAGUUUCUCUCAGGGUGUAUAUUUUUUUCAGUUCGUUUUUUGCCCGUCGACUAUAUAAUUUCGCAUCGUUUCACAUUCAAGUAGCAGCACGGUAGAACGAAUUAUAGGCGGCGGAAACCCGUUUCGUGGGCAGUAUCAACGUGCAACGUCCCACGGUAUCUGUGUGCGGAAUGAUUUACUUUGUUGGACGGCGUCGGUUUACCCACAGCGAGUGACGGAGUCGGGUGUGAAACGUAUGCGUUGUUCGAACUGCUUGGCGGCCACUGCCAUCUCCUCGCUUCAUUGUCCCUGUGUGAUACCUCAAACUUCAGGGUUUGGACGAUUGGUUCUUUUCAAUGGUACAGUACAACAAGAAAAAAUGGAAGUUUUUUUGUGUUGGGUGGGCACUCUCUUCUACGGAAGAGGGUUGGAGGGCUGGACCUUCCAGACAAACGACGUGGGGAACCGCACAAUAAGUACGGGAGGCGUACCAAUUGAGCACGCGCCUCUACAUGCAUGAUAUGACGCAACAUACGGUUGCUGAAAGGCGACGGCAACGCAUCGUCUCCUGACGUUGCCAAUGCUGUAUACAGAGACGUGUAGAAUACAAGCAGUCUCGAGUAACGUGCCUAGGAUUAUAUAUAUCAUCUCGCUGCCUCUCGACCUUUAGGACAUGCGGCUGCUUUCCAACCUGGACAACAGCAAGCACGAGGGGCGCUACUAACGCCAAAGCGAGAACCUUCUGCCACACCACUGCUGAUACUUUUAUUGAUGCGCCGCUACCUCUAACUCUUGCAUGCGGAGCGGGUGUGGUCCCUCGUGCGUGCUCCACCCUUCAUGCCCCCGCGCAACAAACAGAUACCACCGAAUCCUACGCCAACUUCUGCCAAAAACAAUAUAUGAGUAAUCCACUUGCUGCCCGAACGUGCUCCGUACUCCGGGGAGGGAAAACAGCCUGCAAUCGGACUGGGACGUACUUCUAACUAUAUCCCCGCCCCGCCGCGUCGCCUUCUUUCGACCACGUGCCGCCCCAGACGUGGUCUCAACCUUUCCCAUGGUACCGACCCGACCCAUGUUCCCCUGUCCUCCAUUACAAGCUGUUCCACUCCUGUGUAGCCUCUUUCAAUCUCCCCUAUCCUCCAUUCCAAGCGGUGGUCCAAGCAACCAUGCCCCUGACCAUCUAAGACGCGGCAAACCACAUCAGCACCUUAGACAAGGGGCAUGGAGUGGCGGCAUAGCAGAACAGAGGCAAACAAGGAGGAAAAGCGUGACGAGCACUACGACAAAACACAAUCAAUCUCGUAACAUUGCAACCCCUAGUAUCGGUCACUGCUCCAGAACGAGAGCUUCACUAAAGCAAGAACGACGUUUAACACACCAGAAUGACAACAGACAACACUCUUUGUGAGACUAGACUACACAGAAAUCCCUCUCGUCAAACGGCGAGACACCGCAAUCCUGACUAGUGGUCUAGUGGUCAUCGUGCUGAUCAACAGGCAGUACAAAGUCGCGGCAGAGCGUCUGUACACCAUGCUUCCGAGAUCUGCCGGUGGGUGCCAUUGUUGACAUCGAAUCCCCUCCCUUCUCAUAAUGUAAAACGCCAAUACAAGUAGCGUACAGCAGUAUUACAGCAGUUGUUGUGAGAGAGGCACCGUACCUGGUUCGCAAACAAAAUAAGUUGGCUCGUCUCCCUUCUACAGCAGCAGUACAUCAUGGGUCCUCCAAGAUAGGCGACAUCUCCCUUCUACAGCAGCAGUACAUCAUGGGUCCUCCCAGAUCGGCGACCAAACCCAAGCUCGGACGACCCCCUGCUUGUCUUUAGAUCGGCAGGAACGCACUGCUGUUUCGGGCCCUGUGUUGUUUNCGGCGACCAAACCCAAGCUCGGAUGACCCCCUGCUUGUCUUUAGAUCGGCAGGAACGCACUGCUGUUUCGGGCCCUGUGUUGUUUGACCUGUCCGCAGGGGUCAAAGUAGUUCAUCCAUUUCAUUACCCUUGCCGAACGGUUCCCGUCACCAAUACUUGCUUCAACUAGUCGAACAAACAUUCACACAUGAUCACGUUCAUUUUAGCCACUCCGUCUGUGCAACGGGCGGUGGUGGUGUACUACUGUAGGUUCAGUUUCACGGCGGAGAAGGAAUAACAGCAGCAGUUACUGAACGACAACAUUCAUAAAGACAACUACCAUACCUACGCUGACAGAUAGGGGUUAGGGUAACGAAGUCCUACCUGUACGAACUGUUGCUGCACGUACAUGAAUGUACUUGCUCUCCUCGCAACCCUUUCUGCCACUAGGUUUGGCUAACCCUCUACUCCUUCGGCGAGUGCCGUGUGGAAGGUCAGCUACAUACAGGUCAAAGGCGUGCUCACGUGUGCUGUUGUUGUUGUGCGAGGGAGCACGUACACUUUGCUACAUGCGGCGCGGCCGUUGGAAGGGUCAAAACAGGAAAGGAGGAGGACAUACAUGCGACCGGACAAAAAAAGGUGGGUAGACCACCUGCCGGCACACGUUUCGAGAAAGAGAGAGUACAGGCAGAGCCACAAUAGACCCGCACAUAUAUCAAGAGAGAGCGUGCCGACAGGGUCACAAGUAAAUCCGGCAGGCGUUGCUGGUGGCGCGCCCUGCUCGGAUGGAUGUUCAAACGAUCGGCCUGUCGGUCCUUGAUUGGGCUGAUUUUUCGUUGUUGCCCCGCCUGCUCUUAUUCUCCUCCAUCCUACCCGUUAUGAUGCCCUGUAUCUCUCCUUCUAUCCCUACUGCUGUUGUACUUCUGUCUAUCCACUAUUAACGUGCUUUGUGUGUGUGUGGAGAGUAGGGCGUGCGUGAGGCGAGGGACAGCAAUCUCCAACGUGUACGCCAGGAGCCACGACACACGUCACACGUCAAGCAUUUUGGGUGUGUGUGCUUUAUUAUUAGCAUCGACCGCGCAACCGGCUGACCAAUGAAAAUACGUCAGCCUUAGUGCGGUUGAGAACACAAAACACUUCUAUCUACCAUGAACUGGGACCCCGUGAGGGGGCAGCAUGGGGGAGGCUAAACUAUCCUUCGGAUUAAAAACAGAAACAGCAGCAACAGACGAAAAAUGCACGCGUCUACCAAGGCUAUUACCUAGUACUCGAGUUCGUUUAGGAGUACUUUCACCAGUGUCCUCCUUGUUUUCGCUACCAUCAUUCUGAUCCUCAUUUCGACAAGAAGAAUCUCUGGGCAGUUCUUCCCUAGCCCUACGUUUCUUGUUGUGGGGAAGGUCAUCUGGCUCAAACCCUUUGCUCUCUUCCACUCCUCCAUUUUUUUCUGCUCCAUCGUCGUCUUCGUCCUCCUUUCUUCCCUUUCCCUUUCCUUCGUCUUCGUCACUCCCAAAAGAAUUACCCUCACUACUAUCGGGUGUGUGUGUGUGACCGAGGGCUCGUCCUCUCUCUCCGACCGAUGUGUUGAUUCGGUUUUUUGCCAUGAGGCCGCGGUGCUGCCUACACGCGCCAAAGCAACGGCAACACGUCUACCAUACACCAGAGCAUGUGUAUACCAGUGUAGGGGCUUACUUGUGC